AACAGUUGGACUGUCACUUUAAGGCAUUGGAAGUAACUUUGGAUUUUUACUGAGUUUGGAGUUGGAGACAGCACCGAGCAGCUCGAAGGUUGCUAUGGUGACCAAAGGCAGAUUGUUGAUGUUACUUUCAAGGACUUGUUGCCUGCUUGCACUUCUUUACAGACAAAGGAGGGAGGGACUCUUUGAAUGACAGGUGAUGCUCAGCCUGGUGAGAUAAAUGGGAGGUCAGACGAUACAGACCUCAGACACAUGAUCUGGACACUGAAUGAGCAUUGUUGUGCCCGCAGAGAAAGUAGGUUUUGGAGGAUCGAUCAGGCGGAUCGAUUCCAAAUUGCAAUUCCAACGUAGGAGAAGGGGUUGACUGGUGGGGAGUUGUCUAUGUGUCCACCCUUGCCGGGGUGAUAGCUCCACCGCAGGAAAACUGGUCCCCCUGGUUAAAGUCACAGUCGGUGACUUGUACAGGAUUUCGGAGGACGACGAGAAGAUUGACGGCAUCAGCUCAGCUGAAGACUCGACUCGUCUCUCUCUCUCUCUCUCUCUCUCUCUCUCUCUCUCUCCAUAGCCACUCAACUAAAUACCACUAACUGAACUAUACUUAACAUCGUAACUUUACUUUUCAUACAUAUAUAUUCUACACUUACUUUUAUAUAUAAUCAUUGCUAACCUGUGUGAAAUUAUUUACUUUGAUAUUACUGUAUUGCGUAGUUACCAAUAAAUAUUAGUAGUUUAUAGCAAUACGAGACUCCAAAGUGGUUUCUAUUUCUGCUGGUUCUUUAUCCCCGUCACGGGGUAAGUGACAUAAAUUGGGGCCUGCGUCCGCAAUAUGAACAAAUUCGUCGGGAGGCUGGUUUGAAUUGAUUGGGGAAAAUCUGUUUUGAUUUGGACUUUUGAUUUGGUUGUGUGGAAAAACAGCAGAAAUGGAUGUUAGGGACUUUCUGAAAUCAUCAGACCCGGUGACUUUGAAGUUAACUAAAAAGGAUGAUGUGCAGGACACUGCUAAGGAAUUGAGAAUUGAGGUAAAGAAGGGUGUGAGUAAAGUAGAAAUUCAAAGGAAAAUAGUUGAAUAUUAUAUAGAUAAGGGAACAUUUGAUGAGGGGGCGUUAGAGUUGUUCGUGGAAGGUGAACCUACUGAGGAUGAGCUUCAGCUUCUGUUGGAAAUAGUAAACAGGGAGCAUGAACUGAAAUUAAAACAGCUCGAGAGAGAGGCCAGAGAGGCAGCAAAACAGAGAGAAGAGGCAGAAAGACAGAGACAGCUCGAGAGGGAGAAAUGGCAACGUGAAGAUCACGUGGCAGAAAGGCAGAGACAGUUUAAAAGGGAGAAGUUGCAGCAAAAAGGUUUAGUGUCAGACCCUGAUGAUCUUCACAGCUCGGAAGGGCUCGUUUUGUGUGAUGAAUUUGAAAGUUGUAUUCCUGGUGAGGUAAGGGCAUACCCAGUGGCAGAGGAUGCCCCUACCCUGAAGGGGUUUGAUAAGAAAGCAGACAAAGAAGUUUUAACCCACAAGGUUGGGUUUACUCCAGAAAGGAGUUUGCCAGAGAGUAGCUGGGAGGUUCGAGAUGACCUUGAAUUUGAAACUGGGACAAGUGAUGACAGCCCAGAAGAGGCAGUUGUUCUGAUUGAUUGUGUUCAGGUUGUUGAAGUACCUGUGAGUUCACAGGAUUCUGAACAUAAUGUUGAGGCUCAGUUAAAGUCUGAGGUGCCUGACUUGGUUGAAAGGGAAUGCAGUCCUUGUGUGUCAGAUGAUCUUGGUUCAGUGAGUAAGGGGUUAACCUUGGUACCAGUGGAAAGUGAGGAUUCUCAGUCAUUUGUAGUAGACCGUGUUUUGGAAGCUGAUGAGGUCAAUGUUGCUGGAAGUAAUGGGAAGAGUGCUGUUCCUGGAAUUUUGGAUAAAGUGCUGGAAAAGGUUGGAUUGGUUGUGCGACCUUUGACCCUGCUUGCAGGAUAAAGGCCUGCUGAGAGAGGAUGUGCUAGUUUGUUGGAUUUUGUUUGGACAUGUGGAAGUAAGCACCCGCAAGGUCAUGCUGUUAUUCAGUGUAAUGGGAUGGAAGCAAGGCGUAGUGAAGGUCGGAGAAAGUUGAUAAAGAGUUUGUUUGGCCUCUUUCAUAUUCUCAUCAGCCUGAUGAUGGUACUGAGUUUAAUAAACAAUGGAGGCAUGUUGACAGCUCUCCAAGAUAAGAGUGUUUCAGCAAUUCAGCUAAUGAGCAAUGCUGCUGCUGAGGCCUAUAGCAAGACCAAAGGUUUAAAUUAUGAUGUGUCAGAGACUUUUCUACCUUCCAGAUUUCAGCAGGACUUAGAGAGUCGUACAGCUGAUAAGAAGCGAAAGGAGAGUGGACACGAGAGACUGACGAUGCCGGAAGACAUAACAGAGUGCAGUCAAGCCCUGAAGCAGGGUCUGGCCUGGACGUUGCCUCUACAGAUGCUGCCUGACCCACUGAGCUCCUCCAGUACUUUGAUUUCUUUUAAACUUCAGUUUUUUAAAAUUUUAUUUUGAGGCUUCAGGAUCAUGUUGGAGCCAGACCAAGUUAGAGCUUAGUACAAAAUGUUGAAAGCUUCCUCUGACCCUUAUUGUAGGGUUUGGAGGCUUGUGUGUCCCCUAGGCCUGAGUCGACGUAGUAGUAGUAGUAGUGUCUCAAGGACCCCGAGAGCUAUAUUGGCAGGAGUCUGGGGCUUUAUGCUUUAGGGUCACACAUGCCAAGCAGGUCAAAGGGUAAAGGCCAGACUAAAGAGUGGUCCACUUGUCCUCCAGGUCUGGAGGUUCAGCUCAGGGCUAACAACCCUGAAUGGUCAAACAAAAAUUUGUUACGAAAACAUCAACGAACAUUCAUUCUACGUGGCCAAAGACAGAGAGAGAUGGAGAACCUUCAUUGCUGCUCUAAAUGCCAGCAGCAUAGCAGGAAAUUAAUUAAAAACUAUAGAGGUAUACAGAAUUAUGAGAGAUAUAGAUAGGGUAAGCACAAGGUGUUUUCCUCUGAGGUUGAGUCAGAGUAGAGCUAGAGGUCAUAGGUAUUUCACAUUCGUUUUAAACUUAAGGGCAACCACAGGGGAAUUUUCUUCACUCAGAGUGUGGUGCAAGUGUGGAUUAAGCUGCCAACAGACGUGGUGGAUACAGCUUCAGUUAACGCAGUUAAAGGAACUUUGGAUAGGUUCAUCAAUGAGAGGACUGUGGAGGACUAUGGGUAGAUGGGACCUUGCAGAAAAAUGUGUUGGUCUGGACCAGAUGGGCCGAAGGACCUUUUUCUAUGCUGCAGUGCUCUAUGGCUCCACUUUAAACUGUGGUUUACAGUGACAUGAGUAAAGGAAACUGGACGAGACACAAGCAGACUAAAGUGGAAGCCAGCGAGGAGGAUUUGUUCACUGGAAGAUUGAUGUCAAAAUAAAGUGAGAUAAAUUACAGCAGAGUCAUUGAAAGUUGAGCCAAAAAAAAAAGCACCGUCCUUCUGCAAACAGUGAGGAAUCUGUGGGGAAAUGGUCUGGACACCCCACAUCAGUGAGGCUAGCGGGGCAUUCAGGAUGUGCUGAUAUAUGGGGCAUGUCACAUGCCAGCCAGGGAAGUGCAAAGCUUUCGUCUCCAAUGUGUAAGUGUCCAACCACCUGCCUGCAAUAUUUAGAGCGACACACAAAAGGCCAGAGGAACUCAGUGGGUCAGGCAACAUCUCUGGAGGGGACAAAGAGUCGAUGUUUUGGGCUGAGACCAUUCACCAGGAC